UCUUCAUUAUAUUCGUCACAAGGUGUGUCAACCUUCUCCAAACGCCUCCAACAUGGGUCGGCAACUUAUCGACGAUUAACCGUGCCGAACAUGCGUUAACCCAAGUCGGCGUGUUGGUUGGAGUAAGCGCUCAGCAAGCAGCACCCUCAGCAUCAGCAACAGCAUCAGCAACAGCAACACGAUCAGACCAAGCCAAUGGUGCUCGAGGUCAAGUUGUUGACUCAAGUAGAAGCGCAGAACAGAGGAUAGACGACAUUCGGCAACACACGGGAGGGAAUACUAUUCGGUCGCAAGUUCGUUCGUCGUACUAGCAAUACUCUCUAGCUCGUGUGCUCGUGACCUUCAACGCGUCGCUAUCUAGUAUAGUACCACAACGAGCGAGUUGCAAAGACUGACGCAACAUGCCAAGUACGUCCUGUUUGUGCGGGAGUUACGGGGCCGGCAAGAACGGUGGCGAACUGAUGGACGAAGCAACCGUUUUGCCCGUCUGCGAUUAUGACGAAAACCCAACACCACUCUAUAAGGCACUGGAAUAUCAUCAUUGGGGAGCUGCCAGCCGUUUCUUGAAGACGGGUGUCUGGCCAGGGAAUUUCUUUAGUGAUCGAAUGACACCGAGAGAGCAAGUUCGCACGUGGAUUCAUCGCUAUGACGAAUCGGGGCAUGAGCUGCUAGACGAUUCCACUUACCCUCUUUCCGCAGUGGGUGGAGACAAGGCAAUCCAAGAUAACAAGAGUGUCGCUGCAACGACCGUCCUGACACACGCAACUGGAACACGACAGUUGCGAUGGAGACAGUUACCGCUCCACGCUGCACUCAUUUUCAUGGCACCACCGCUGAUCAUCAAACAACUAAUAGAAGCAUUUCCAUAUGCACUGCGGUGUCCCGAUGACAAGGGCAUGUUGCCCGUACACUUGGCCUUUCGACAGGGUGUUCCGGAUGAUGUUCUUACCAUCUUGUUAAGGCUAUUUCCAAAUGGGAUGCACGUAAGGGAUCAAAAGGGAAGACUACCAGUAGAGUGUGUCCGGAAUGAUGAUACCAUCAACUCCACUGGAAUGCCACCACUGCGAGGUAUGAUUAUCCAAUCCAUCAUGCAACAAUCCAAAGAAAAGUUUAGUCAGCAACAACAAGAAACCAUCCAAACAUUUCAAAAGGAUAUUGGAGACUUGCACGAAAAACUAAAGGCACUCGAAUCGCACAUGCAAGAAAUGAACCAACGGGAAACCAAAACGCGCGAGGAGUUAUCGUCAACUUUAGCGCAACUGGAGUCCCUCAAAAAGAACCAUCGCAAACUACAAGAACUGCAACGAUACUCCUUACAGCGAGCGUCGGAGCAGGAAGAGAUGGACAAACAAACACAGUCCUUUCAACAACGAGUCAUGGAGCAGUUGGAUUUUCAACACCACAAACAACGGCGAUCUUCGAGUCGAGGGAAAAGCCACGAUGAUCAGAGUCGUCGUAGUCGAAGCCGAGGUCGAACAGGAACUCGAAGAGAUCAGCUGGACCCACCACGAGAACAAGCACCUCCAUCGCCAGGACACUUGUUACGAGACGAUUCACGAGCAAAUUCACAGUAUACAAGUAGCGGUGGAGUGGGCGUUCAAGGCGCAGUGCGUUCUCUCAGUGCUGCCAGAAGAGCGCCACCAUCUCAAUCUUCCUUUGAAGAUGAAUCACCAAGUUAUUCAUCGGGGCUCAGUGAAUUCACUAAGAGUGUCAUCCCUAAUGCAUACACUGGAUAUACUACUGGUACCAACACCGUUCAUGAACCGGCACGGAUCUUCCAAAACCCCUCGUAUGUGACAAAGGCGACCGCUGCAUCCGGUACAACCUUUCACACCCAAGCACAGUUGUCACGGAUGAAAUCGAGACAUGAUGAUGAACGCAGCCGACAUCACAGCCCUUCCCGAACAACAGCAUUGCAUCCUCACCAGUCCAUCUUUGAAAAACGACGACAACCUAAGGGCAUCGCAAGGUCCAUCUAUCCCAUUAGAACCAACUACGAAAGCUCCACAGACAAUCUUGACCCCCGGGAAACUCUAGGAGUUGCCAAGGCUAUGGUUCCCAGCAACAAGAACCAAAAGGGCCAGGGCCAGGGCCAAGCCAACAGCAAAAAGAACGAUUUUGACAACAUGACCUCCAUUGCAAACUGCGGUGCCACCGAGUCGCCGGGAUCACUCAACUGGGACUUCAGCUUCACUCCUGGCUUUCUGCAGCCUUUGUCCAUCAACGAGCUGUAAAAGUGAUUUGCUUCGGACCGUGGGCCGUGGAACCUGAUAAUAGCCAGCUAUCGUACAAUCGUAGCGUUCAUCCUGGAGAUCAUUUUCUCCGUGGUGCAGGGCAUGCGCCUGGAAGCAGCUCAUAGAACACUAGCUAAUAGCAAAACGAUUGCCAAAACACGAAUUGUGCCCUCUCCUUUCUUUCGUAGACCAUGUUCUUGUUCCACGUCUAGCUAGCUAGAGUGC